UAAUAUAGUAACAUGUACAUGCUCGUGUAAAUUUAAUGUAAGCACCAUAAGCGGCAUAAGCUAAACGAAGUUGUGAAAUACUGCAAUGUCUGAAAUCCAGUUGUUCAAAUAACAUUUGUCAAUUAUUAAUUUAAUUAUUUUUGUUAAAAAUAUUUAUUGACCAAUUUAAAAAAAAAAGAUUAUAAUGUUUAAGAUAAUUAAAUUAAAUUAUGUUCGUAGUUGUGUUCAAAUACCAAGUAAUUCAUAUGCAUCACCUAGUGGAAUCAUUUCAUUGGGAAAAUCUAAAAAAAAACUGGGCAAAGGAGGUCCAGUUUUAGAAAAAUCUGAAAUUCCUGUUGAAACUGAUGCCAAAAAAUUAAUUAAUUUUGUAUGCGGGAGUAAUAUAUUAAAAGAAGGUCAAGAUAUAGAAAUAAAACCUAACUCAGAAUAUCCAGAUUGGCUUUGGAAUUUGAAUAUAGAUGGACCAAAACCAUUACAAGAAUUGGAUCCUAAUACAAAACAAUAUUGGCUCAGAGUACGGAAAUUAGCAAUGAGAAGAAAUAACUUAUUAAAUAAAUUAAAACGAUUUUAGGCAUAUAUAAUAUGAUAGAUUUAUAAAUAGUAAUUACAUUAACCAUUGUUUAUUUUUAAAGUCAAAAUAACUUUUUAUUGUUCAAUUAAAAAAAAAGUUGAAUUUCA